AUGAGCACAGCAAAGGGAAGCAGUGCCUCGGUCGUUGAAAUUGGUGAAACGGUAGCGGAGGAGCGCAAAAGAUCCUACGGGACCGUGGAGGAGUUGGAUGGCGAAUCCACUGACUCUAAUAACCCAUUUCUAGAUCCCGAUGCGGCAGAGCAUUGGAGGGGAGUCUACGAUAAAGCCCAGUAUGAAUGUCGGGACGUGUUUGAUCCUGCGUUCACUUGGUCGCCCGAGGAAGAAAGACGGCUGCUUCGGAAACUGGAUUGGAGGAUUUGUCUGUGGGCAUGCGUGAUGUUUUUCGCACUUCAGGUUGAUCGAGGGAACCUUGUACAGGCGGUCUCGGAUACCAUGCUGAAAGAUUUGAAAUUAUCUACGAAUGACUAUAAUUACGGGAAUAUUGCUUUUCGUGUGGCCUUCCUCUGCGCUGAGCUCCCCUCACAACUCGUGUCGAAGAAACUGGGACCGGACCGAUGGAUCCCUAUCCAGAUGGUGCUAUGGUCUGUGGUCGCCAUUUCGCAAUGUGCUCUGAACAGCCGUGCGACUUUCUUCCUCACCAGGGCAUUACUGGGCGUCCUGGAGGGUGGCUUUAUUCCCGAUAUCGUCCUUUGGCUUUCGUAUUUCUAUAAGAGCAACGAGCUCCCUAUCCGCCUCAGUUUCUUCUGGACAUCACUCUCAGUAACAUCUAUUGUUACCUCUCUUUUGGCCUUCGCCGUGUUCCACCUAGGGGGUGUACAUGGCAUGGCAGGUUGGCGGUGGCUUUUUCUUAUCGAAGGAGUCAUCACCCUAUCAAUUGGGCUUGGGUCAUUUUUCAUGAUGCCGGCAUCCAUCGUGCAGACCAAGACGUGGUUCCGGCCCAAUGGGUGGUUUACUGAACGCGAAAUUUCCAUCUCCGUCAACCGCAUCUUGCGUGACGACCCCAGCAAGGGUGACAUGCAUAACCGACAGGCUAUUACUCCUAAGCGUCUGUGGAAUGGUAUCAAAGACUAUCAUAUGUGGCCGAUAUACCUUAUUGGCCUUGUGGUCUACAUCCCCCAGUCACCCCCGAGCUCAUAUAUCACGCUCACGCUCCGGUCGGUGGGCUUCAAUAAAUUCAAUACCAACUUACUGACCAUCCCGUCAAAUGUGGCCCACAUUCUGAACUUGCUUCUAAUCACAUGGGUCUCUACGCGCCUCAGGCAAUGGUCACUUGUUGCAAUGUUCCAAGCCCUCUGGACGCUUCCAUGUCUACUAGCGCUGCGUUUCUGGCCAGAUGUCAUCAGCAAUGCCUGGGGUACCUAUGCCCUGGUCACAGUGUUGCUCAGCUACCCCUACUGCCAUGCAAUCGUGGUCGCAUGGGCCUCUCGAAAUUCCAAUAAUGUGGGGAACCGCUCCGUCUCAGCCGCCCUCUACAAUAUGUCCGUCCAAGCCGGAGACAUUGCUGCCUAUUUUAUUUACCGAGAUGACGACAAGCCAAAGUACCGGAGAGGAAAUACCGUGCUGAUUGCGAUCAACGUUGUGGCCAUUGUGUUGUUCCUCGGAGCAAAAGCGUACUACGUCUGGGAGAAUAAGCGACGGGACAAGAUCUGGACAGCUAUGACGGAACAAGAGCAAAGCGACUAUAUCAAGCAGAGCAAGGACCAUGGCAGCAAGCGGCUAGACUUCAGAUUUGCCCACUAA